AUGCGCGUGCGCCGAAAUGCCGUGUCGACAGUCGCGCUGUGGCGCGCUGUGGAUGCCGCUGGUAAGCUGCAGGCCGCGCGCGUGGUCGCCGUGUGGAACGAGAAGGGGGAUCCGGGGAUGGCUGAGCGGAUGGUGGACCUGACGUUGACGCUGACCGACAACAUGCCGGCGCACAAGCUGUUUCAGCGCCCGGUCAUCGUGCCCCACUACACCCACGCCCAGACCCGCGAGCAGUUCUUCUUAGGCACGGAGGACGACAGGCUCUCCUUCGCGACCACCUACAUGGGCAUGAUCGACCACAUCGGCACCCAUGUGGACGCCUUCUACCACGUCAAUCCCGAGGGCCUGUCGGUGGACCGGAUGCCGCUCGACAUGUUCAUGGGCAAGGCGGUGUGCUGGGAUCUCACCUAUAUCCCCGAUCUCGGCGAUAUCGACGUGGCCGACUUCGAGGAGGCGGAGGAGAAAGGCGGCGUCAAGGUGGACGGCCAUAUCGUGCUGCUCAAUACAGGCCUCCACAACCGCCACUACCCCGACGUGAAUCGGGGCUCCAAGAUGCAUGGAGUCGAAGGCCCGUCGACGGACAAGCCGUCGAACAAUCUCUUCCCCAACCACCGGGUCUGCCGCGAUCGAGGCAUCGCCCACUAUGAGUGGCUGAUCAAUCUCGAGGAGCUGGUCGGCAAGGGCGAGUUCAUGUUCUAUGGGCCCCCGAUCAAGAUCGGCAACGGCAGCGGCGCGCCGGUCCGCGCCUGGGCGAUCCUCGACGAUUAG